AUGGCUUUCAAGAACUUCUCGUCCAGUGCUGACUCUGGUCCACUCCCCUUCAAAUAUGUACCGAUAGAAGAAGUCGAGAGACUUGAAAAGUACCAGCCUGGUGGAUAUCACCCUAUUCUGGUAGGAGAUAUUCUUCAAUCCCGAUACCGAGUCGCCCACAAGCUAGGCUACGGAGCCUAUUCAACCACUUGGCUCUGCCGGGACUACCAGUCUAAUACAUACGUGGCAGUCAAAGUUGGAACGGCGGAUUCAAAUGAUCGUGAGGUUGAUGUCCUCAAUUAUCUCAACCACUCUUCCCCACUUGAUCACCCGGGGAGGACAAUGAUACCCGCUAUCAAAGAUAGAUUCGUCCUCCAUGGCCCUAACGGCACCCACCCUUGCUAUGUGACAACCCUAGCAAUGUGUAGUGUCUCUAGUGCGAAGGAAGGGUCAUACAAACGCAUCUUUCAGGCCAUGACCGCUCGCUCGCUGAUUGUGCAACUUUUGCUAGCCGUUGAGUACAUCCACAGCAAAGGAGUUGUUCAUGGAGGUUAG